AUGCCUUCUCGCGUCAACGGGGAGAAAAAGGAGAAGGAGCCGAAGAAGCUCAUUCUCUGCUUCGAUGGCACUGGCAACGAGUUUACCGGGUCCGAUGCCGAUACCAACGUCGUGAAGAUCCUGAACAAACUGGACCGCCAGAAUCCCAAGCAGUACCAUUACUACCAAGCCGGAGUCGGCACUUAUGAUAUCAACGAGACGUCGGUGCACAAGUCUUGGAUUGGAGAGACCAAAAGUUCCAUCUCCCAGACCGUUGACCAGAUGUUCGGGACUACAUUCGAUGCCCACGUCAUGGCUGGUUACCGUUUCCUGAUGCGGUACUACAGCUCUGGCGACAAGAUUUACGUGUUCGGCUUCAGUCGUGGUGCAUUCACUGCCCGUUUCCUAGCGCGCAUGGUCCAUACUGUCGGGCUCCUGUGCAAGGGCAACGAGGAGCUCGUGCCCUUUGCCUACCGGCUCUUCCAGCGAUACCGCGCCGGCGAGAUCGACAUGUCCAAGCAAAGUUCAACGAAGAAGGCGGUGGUGGUGAAUGGGACAGCGUGCGGCGGCCCCAACGGAUGCGAGACGGAUCCUCUGACGGAGGGUGCUGACAAGGGCGAGUCCCAGGGGAAGGGAAGCCACCUGCACGAGUACGAGGUUGCCUGCGACGAGGUGACGGCCUUUAGCAACACCUUCUGCCGCCAGGUGCCGACCGAGGUGGAAGGGGUCACAGCCAACGUCAAGGUCUUCUUCCUGGGCAUCUGGGACUGCGUCAACUCGGUGGCGGUAUUGGAGAAGAAGACGCCGGUGCCGGCGCCGGUGCGCGGGACGGCAGACUAUAUCCGCCAUGCCGUGGCCAUCGACGAGCGCCGCGUCAAGUUCAAGCCUGCCCUGUUCGCCCAGGACGUCGUCGCCGCCAACGGCGACGCCGAGGACAUCAAGGAGGUCUGGUUCCCCGGCGGCCACAGCGACGUCGGCGGCGGAUGGCCGGCAGUGGUAGACAAGACGCUCGACACCAGGACGGGCCAGAUGACCUUUUGGCAGCGCGUCAAGAACCUGUGGACGACCAGCAAGGGCAAGGAGCCGUCCCACGAUGUCAGGUCCGACCCCUUCCAGAUGAGCGACAUCCCCCUGGACUGGAUGAUCCGGGAAAUGGAGCUCGUGGGCAAGGAGCACCCCGAGGCCGCGGUCAAGUGGGCCGACAAGAACGUGAAUGGCUUCAAGCAUGCCUUCCAGCGCGCCAGGGACCAGGCACUGAACGGAUAUCUCCACGAUGCCCUCGAAUUCGGCCGUGGUACAGGUCUAUUCACCGUGCUCCUAUGGAAGUUUAUGGAAUGGCUUCCCUUCAUCACGCGCUGGGAAAUGGAAGACAAUGUCUGGGUGAAUAUUCGCUUCCCGCUCAACAAGGGUUCGUCCAGGGACAUACCCCGCGAUGCGGUACUGCACGAGUCGGUCCUCUGGAGGUUGCAGAAUGACCCGCAAUACAAUCCGCCGAACAAUCAUGGUGGUACCGGAGACCCAUGCCUCAAGAACGAGAAGAAGGGCAUUGCCAAAUUCGAAGGCAUCAACGGUUCGGACGAGAUGCACUCUGGCCACCGGAUUUAUAGAUUCUCGGCGGAGUAG